AUGAAGAGUCAGGAAUGUACCCCUAGACUAGAGAAAGUGCAGAGAUUCAAAAUUGUGUCCUAUAACCAAAUCCGCAGAUACCGUAUAUCCCUGUCGAAUUUGUCAAGGACUACAAAUAUAAAAAGGAACUCUCUUGAAUUCUUGGGAUAUGACUCAUUACAGAAAAUCUCACGAUACAGAAAGCAAGGGAUAAGUCUGCAAAAAAUCUCAUACUUGGAUUUGGUUGUAUUGCUUAUAAGGAACCUUAAGAGCAUAAAAAAUAAAGGGGACUAUAGUUGGGCAAGGGCUUCUUCCGCCUCUAUAGCUCUUGUUUGCUAUAAGACUGAUAUCGGUAUUGAGUGGUCUAAUUAUUGGAGGGAUGGCGGGGCUAAAGAAGUGAGACUACUGAAGCUGGAUGGGGCCCGAAAGCAAACCAUAAAGUGUUUGUCUCAGCAUUAUGUUCUUGAAUCUGCAAGCCCAGAAAGAAUGCUUAUCGGUUUUUUUUUGGAAAGCUGCACAAGAGUACAUCCAGAAUUGUUGGAGGAUAGAGAUUCGUGGAAGUGCCCUGAAGAAACGGACCGUUUAUAUGCCGCUAAUGAGGAUUUAAUGGCAUAUUAUUGGAGCGAGCUCUCGUCUUCAAGUAUCUUAAAUACCUAUAAAAAUUAA